AUGUCGUCUAUAAACGAGUUUUGGGGCACGAGCAUUGGACUUAAGGGUGGUCAUCCACGUUCGUCUGAGCUCUUCGCAGGGCCACAGACCUCUCUAUACGCCAUAACUGGGCCGUGGCGUGUUCCAGACGGAACUUGGCCAGAAGAGAAAGCUUAUAGGAAAGAGUGGGAAGAUAAAGUAAAGAAGACUUGUAGCAAAAAAAUAUACAGGAACAUUUCUGAUAAAUAGUUUACAACCAUGAACGACCCCAAAAACCCACCCCGUCAUCUACCCCAGGCAGAAACCUCGAGAGCUGGGGCCUCCAUUUCAGGGCCUCAUCGGGCUCACUUGCCGGGGACGAAGUUGGUGGCGUAGGCCCAGGCGUUGUUGUUGACGGGGUCCGCCAGGUGGUCGGCCAGGUUCUCCAGCGGGCCCUUCCCGGUGACGAUGGCCUGAACGAAGAAACCGAACAUGGAGAACAUGGCCAGUCUCCCAUUCUUCAGCUCCUUCACCUUCAGCUCCGCGAAGGCCUCGGGAUCGUCAGCCAGACCCAGCGGGUCGAAGCUGCCGCCGGGGUACAGUGGGUCGGUGACCUCGCCCAGUGGCCCGCCGGCGACGCGGUAGCCCUCGACGGCGCCCAUGAGGAUGACCUGGGUGGCCCAGAUGGCCAGGAUGCUCUGGGCGUGCACCAGGCCGGGGUUGCCCAGGUAGUCCAGGCCGCCCUCGCUGAAGAUCUGGGACCCGGCCUUGAACCACACGGCCUCGCCGAACUUGACGCCGUUGCGGGCGAGCAGCUCCGGGAAGACGCAGCCCAGGGCGCCGAGCAUGGCCCAGCGGGAGUGGAUGACUUCCAGUUCCCGGUUCUUGGCGAAGGUCUCGGGGUCGGCGGAGAGGCCGGCGGUGUCCCAGCCGUAAUCGCCGGGGAACUCGCCGGUGAGGUAGGAGGGGGCCUCGCCGGAGAAGGGGCCCAGGUACUUGACGCGGUCGGGCCCGUACCAGGGGCUGCCGGAGGAGACGGGCUUGGGCUUGGCGGCGGUCUUCCUCAUGGAGAUCCUCCCCUCACCGAAGACCUCGGAGGCGGCGGGGGCGAGCUUGACCGCCUUCCCCGCGAGAGAAGGUGA